CUCGCAAACAGGAAAUCAUAAAGAUCACAGAGCAGCUUAUUGAAGCUCUCAACAAUGGAGACUUUGAGGCCUACGCGAAGAUCUGCGACCCUGGUCUGACCUCAUUUGAACCUGAGGGGCUGGGAAAUCUGGUGGAGGGAAUGGACUUCCACAGAUUUUACUUUGACAAUCUCCUCUCAAAGAACAGCAAACCUAUCCACACCACCAUCCUUAACCCCCAUGUGCAUAUAAUUGGGGACGAUGCUGCCUGCAUCGCCUACAUCCGCCUGACGCAGUUCGUGGAUGGCCAGGGCCGUCCUCGCUCAAGCCAAUCAGAAGAGACCAGGGUAUGGCACCGCAGGGACAGCCGGUGGCAAAAUGUCCACUUCCACUGCUCAGGAGCUCCUUCUGCCCCGCUGCAGGGGUGAGGCAUUUUGAGGAGGCAGAGCAGAAAAGUAACGAGCAGAUAAUCACAGAGAAAGAAGCAGCACUGAGAGAGAGGUGCAGGUGGAUGUGUGGUGGGGUUGAAGGAAUCUGAUUUGGGGAUUGUGGUCAUGCUCCUGCACUCUGCACACCCACUUCUUUCUCUCUCUCCCUGUACAACUUCGACAACAGCAGACAGUAAUAGCAGUGCUCCCAUCUUCUGACAGCAGAGGACACAUCAGCUACAACAUUAAACUCUUGUAACUCUUCAGCCUGCCUACAGCAAACAAAAAAGCUAUUGUUCCUUCCUAUUGUUACUUCUAGUAUAAUUAUGGCCACCGUCUGUCUCUGUGUUCUUUCAACUGUACAGUCUAUUUAUUAUCCAUUUUAAUCCUUUCUUCUUUUUUAUGACAAUGCAUGAUUCCUUCCUGUGUUGUCAUUAGCAGUGGCUGUUCUGCACGACUAAGGCUGCCUGUGUGAAAUGAACAAUCAGUAUCACGUGUCUCACACAAAGAGUCUGGUGGGUGUAUUUUAUUAUGAAUUUCAUUGUGUUGUGCAACAGCACAGCACAACACAAUUAAUUAAUUAAUUAAUUUAAUUCAUUUGUUGGGUGUUUAACUCCCCACUACCCCAUUCCUCAUCCCUCACGACCCCCAACCACUCUGUGAGACAGUGAAAACCAUGCAGCAUGCUAAGAUGUUACUGUUGUUCUUAACUCAUAUUUAUGUACUGAACAUUGCAAGUUAACUACUGAAACUAUGGUUGAAAUGUUGAAAUAUCCCAAUGUUUAUGUAAAUUUCCAGUUUUAUCGUGGUGACUUAACUACAGUUACGCUGUUGAUGGUAUUUAAUUGCAUGAUAUUCCACAUUAAUGCAUUUGGUAAAUGGGGUGUUGUCGUGCAUUUUCUGUUGGUUUUUUUUUGUUUGUUUGUUUGUUUUAUUUGUUUUUUUGCACUGCUGGUGAGCUAUAAUCUGCGGCCUCUACUUUCUGGAUUUCUAAGUGCAUAAACUGUUUUUGUUGACAUGACAGUGUAGUAUAUGAGGAUUCUGGUGACCAUGACAGAAUAUGCCCUUCCUCAGUAAUAUUUGGGCCCAGGUUCUUUACUGUUUCAAAGGCAACAACCAAAACCUUAAAUGAUCAUUUUUGAUUUAACUUAUUGGAACCUGACUAAUGUAAAAGGUGACAACUUAAACUCAACACAAGGGUGUGUGGUUAUUACUUUUGAUUGCAAUAAUUAAAUUAGACUUUGGAUUUAAAAGAAAGCCAAGGUCAAAGUUCCCAAAGUGAAAUCAAAGUUUGUUUUAAUUAUGUGGUCAUUUAAAACCAUAUUUUAAUUGUCAGUUUUUGCUUUGGGUGGCUGUGGCCCAGGAAUUAGUGCAGGUCAUCUACUAACCGGAAGGUUAAUAGACAACCUAUUAGAACACAACCUGAUCCAGUUCAAUGCCUGGCUCCUCUACUUCCACGUGGCAAGAUACUAAAUCUUAAAUUGCAUCCAUCUGAAUUUUUGGUUAAAUGUGUUUAGGCAUAGAAAAAGACAUGGAUGUGUAUAUGAAUGAGAGUUGUGGUAAGAAAGUGCUGAAAUAGAAUAGAAAAGUGCUAUAAAAGUAGCAGUCUGUUUUAACAUUUUUCUGUCCCUGUACAAAAAACAUGUAUCUCUAAAACCUUUCUCAUCUUAUAAAAUGCAUUUCUUUGAUUAUUGGGUUAGUCAGUGAGUAUAGGAGGAUUGUAUCAAGGUACAGGGGAAUUCUUAAAGGAUUGCAUUUUGUCACAUUUUCACAAAAGUGUACAGAUACAACCCAACAAAGCUAAUAUUUACUUGUCCUUCCGCAUGAUUAGCAUUUAAAUAUGGUAACAUUAUGCUCUUGUGUCAUAAUUUGUGACUUAGCUGAAAGCUAUUUAAGAGAAAAAGGAAAGCUGAAAAAGAAUUUUCUGCUGCUCCUUACACAUCGUGUGUGGGACCUUUCACUUGGGAGGCAAAUGUGUAAACCACUAAAGUUAUGGAGCCUUAAACAGCUGCCUGCCAAGCAGAUUGGAGCAGGAUACACAGACAGCUAUUGAUGAAAACAAAAGAACAUUUACCCCAUAAAGUGACAGAUAUUUAAAAAAAAAAAAAAAAAAAAAGACUAAAAGAGAGUAAAAGUGAAAUUGAAAAUUAUAUAAUAAAUCUUCCAGAGUUGCAUUUGUACGUUUUGGAAUAAGAACAUAGAGUCACUCUCUCAUUUUUUAUGUAUAAACUUUAGUUUUUCUCUAGUCUGGAGACAUGAACAGGAACGACUUACUGUAUUUCAGAAUUCAUAAAAAGGUCCUCCUUUUCCAUAAAGCCCUAAUUUUCACUUUGUCCUUACUCUUGUAGAGCUGUGGCUGACCUAAAACAAGAAGGUUUUAACAUGUGGAAAUAUGGAAAAGUCACUUGACAUAUUUGUAAAAGACAACGGUGUCUUGCGCACACACAUACAUUAUUACUUCUAUUUCAAGCACUAAGCAGAGUUUCUUUUAUAUAUAUUUACAAAUAUUUGUGUGUAAUGUCUAAAUCACAAAAAUUUACACAGUUUUUCCAGGACAUUGAUUCAACACACAGGCAGGAAUGAAAUUUGAAAUGGACUGGUUUGGAAAUAGUGGUUUUUUUGCACUACUUAAGCACUCGAAGCGCUUUACACAGCUUGCCUCAUUUACCCAAGGACUUUUUUUGAUGCCAAAGUGCCUUUUUAUUGAACAUUUAUACUCCAAUGAACGCAUUGGAGGGCAGCUUAGGAUACCUGCCUUAGGAUACUUUGGCAUGGACCUUCUCAUUAGUAGAUGACCUGGUCUACUUCCUGAGCAACAGCCACCCCUCAAUGUUUGUGAGUAAAACCAAAAUAUUAGGUAGAAUGUCAAAUCCUUUAUUUUUACAAUAUCUCCCAGAAAUAUCUGGGAAAAUACAACAAAUAUCUAGUGUUGUUUGCUGUAUUUUCCCUUAACGAUCUAACUUUCUGUCCUUGAGGGGGCAUCAACUUCUUGAAGCUUGACAUUUAGACUGACUACAGGAUUAAAGUACAUACAUGAUUAUUGAAUGUGAGAAGAAAAAUGCUGAAGAUUUAAAACAGGCUUAUACAGACUUUCAGAUAAAGCAUUGAGCUGGUCUAUUUUAGGACAUAUUCACAAUAUUGUCAAAUUACUUUAGCUCACUCAACAAAUAGUAUAGAACAUUCCUAGUUUGAUCCUUCAAAUAUCACAUACACAGUAAAGGUUAAACGACUGGUUGAAUCAUCGCAGGACGAUGACUGGAAAGAUCAAAUCAUGGAAGUGGUUUUCAAAGAAAACUAUAAAAAUUUGCUGGUUCCAGCUUGUCACCUAAUGGAGAAAGGAAACCAAUUAUCAUGAAAUAUUAAAAUAUCCAUAUAUGAUUUUAUAAAGUAAACUAAAGAAAAAUGUAUUAGAAAGAUAACUUUGUGCUUCUCACAACACUAAGAAAUCAAACCUUAGGUACUAAGUGGUGUUGUAAAAUACACCAUCUACUUGGGUAAAUGUAUGGGCAUACCAGCAAUUCACAAUGUAAUGCUUCUCACCAUCCAUGCUAUUCAUGAUGUAAAAUAAAGAAAUAUUGCUUUCAAAUACUUGUUGCAUUGAAUCAUAAAAGUUAGAAGAAGAUUUAAAAACAAAAACACAUUAAGCACCUAAAUUUGGAGAGACGCAUGGUGAGCUUGCCAAGCCAAGGCUGCGAUUUAGUGUUUCACAUUUUGCACGAGUAGUGUCUUGUAUCAAAAGGUCAAAACCUUUUGAGUGAUUUCAACACAUUAUUAACAGUCAUUCAAAACAGUAUUUUAUUAAUUACUAAUUAUUUACAUUAUAAAAUGAAAUGGGGAAUUAUGCAUCAUCAGACAGUUUUCAGGUUGUUUUUGUUUUUUUGUUUUUUAAACCAUUAGUAUCAGUGAAACUCCAGAGCUAUGGCUUUAGGAUAAAGCCAUGAAUUUCCCUUCCUGGUCAAACCAAAUGUCAAUGCUAUCAGUACUUUAAUUGGAUUGGUUACUUAGAAUUAGUGUCCCUCUUUGAAAGCUGUACCUUCUUACUUAAUAGCUAGGUUUGGGCCUGGGUGUUAAUCUUAGGCUUCAGCUAUAAAGAAAAAUUUAAAUGUAUUGAUAGAUCCUUAUCAUUUCUUCUUCUGUGUUCAUGUGAGCAAGUAUGAUAUGAAUGAUGAUGAUGGUGAUGACUGUAUGUGAAACAAAGCUUUUAUCAUGUACUUUUUGUAUUUAUUAUAUGAUGAUGAUCAAUAUUAAAGUGUGAUCAGAUGUAAUCAGUGUGUAAACUAAUAAAAUUGUCCACUCUAC